AAAAGCAUAGAUAUGACUACCUGCCAAAUUAAGUCUCCGUUUCAGGGGGAGCACCGGAUUUGACGGUGCUUAUUCGGGAGAUUUAGGUUUAACAAAUGUUUUAGAACUUCAUCCAGGUUCACUUCAGGUUGACCAUGUCGCAUUCAAGGACGGUAUUGUUAGUCGGAGAGGGGAAUUUCUCCUUCUCAGCCUCCCUUUGUUGGAUGGGGAAAGUCACGGCCACCUGUCCGCAGCGUCAGGAGGAGGUGCUGCUCUUUGAAGGAGCAGCCAGCAAUAUCAGCAGCAUCACGGACUCAGGUGGGAGUGUGCUGUUUGAGGUGGACUGCACGCGGCUGGCGGAGUGUCCGGCGCUGCGGGGACGACUGUUCGACAGAGUUCUCUUCAAUUUUCCACACUGCGGGAGGAAAAGCGGCGUGAAAAAGAACAAGGAGCUGCUCAGAAACUUCUUCCUCAGUUGUGUUCAGGUUUUGACAAAAGACGGGGAGGUUCACGUCUCCCUGUGCAACGGACAGGGGGGAACGCCGGCGGACGAGCCAAGGCGCGAGUGGCAUAACAGUUGGCAGGUGGUUGCCAUGGCAGCAGAGGCCGGUCUCAUCCUGAGUGCUGUUUAUCCUUUUGAUAGCAGCAGUCCUCAAGGCUACAAAUGCACUGGAUACAGGAGCCAAGAUAAAGGCUUUCGGGUGGAGAAGGCUCUGCUGCACGUGUUCACUCGCAGCCAGGCCUACGCUUUUCCUGUGAGAGUCGAAGUGGAGGAAGUUGUUGAGGGGGAGAAGAUCCACUACAGCGCACCAGCGGAGCUCAGUGAUUUCCUGUUCAGGAAGUUCCUCUGCUUAGAUUCUGUGCAUCCUGUAAAGCUGGUGCAAGAUUUCCUUUUGGAGGGACUGAGGGAAAAAUGGCCAGUCUCCAUGACAACAGAGUCCAUCCCGUACUUUAUUCCAGCCAAACGGCUGCAGGCGUCCAGCUGUGGUGUUGACAUCUCGCAGUGCUACUGGGUCCUUCCCAAAGACUUCAGAUUUGGAGACGAUGUUGGAAGCUUGCACACACUGACACAUUUGUGGAGUGUCAGCUCCACAAAAGAAGACAGGGCAAAGAGCAAAAGGGCUGAGAAUUUCUGGUCUGCAUCCCUUGAUCUUGAGGUCGACCUUGACUUUUAUGUGCUGCGUCCAUCGUUGCUGCCUUAUGCCGAGGAACUUCUCGUAACAAAGCAGGACAGGAAGAAGGACGUGGGGCCUCAGAGGAAGAGUGAAGAGGCUGACAAAAGGGCUGGGCUGGAGGGAAAUGAGUUCAGUGAAGGCCUUCAGGAUGCUCCUGGUACGUUAUAUGGGGUGAGUGAAGUGGUGUUUAGGAAUGUACCCAUCAGCCUUUGGGGUCUUCCAGCCUUCCAUGAGCUCGUCCUCAGAGGUGUUUUUCCUUCUGAAUGUGAGCCAGUGAAACAGUUGGGACACCAACUGGAAUCCCUCCUCGCCCCUUUUGAUGUUUCCAUAACGACGGAAGGAGAAGUCCUGCAUUUGACGGCACAGCCCAUGGGAAUUCUGGGUAAAGUGUUUGCAACUCACUCAGCAGACACCGACAAGCCGAUUGGCGUUAAUGUAUCCCUAAACCUGGACCUCCUUGCUCUCCUUCUGUUCUCACUCCCUGACUGGCGGUUGCUAUGGACGCACGACCAGCGUUUCUUAAAACAGUUCAGCUCCCGCCCGCCACCGGGGACGCCUUGUCGGCCAUUGUCCCUGUUCCCCGAACCCAUCAGGUUCGACAUAAGUUUCUGGACCGGGCCGACAUGGGAUGAGAAGCGGUUCCACGCGGCGGUCAGAGAGGCCUGUCUGGGGAGCGUAGAACUUGUGAAACUCAUCGACACUUUUUCCCAUCCUGACCUCAGUCAGACGAGUUAUUGCUACAGACUCACCUACCACUCUCACACUCACGCACUGUCACACACUCAGGCUCUUCACUUCCACAAACAGCUCGAGUCUUUGCUCUCAUCUCGCUUAAACGUCACUAUAAGGUAACAGAGAGACGCUCCUUAUGUGGAGAAAAUAUGAUCCAUCUUUGCCUUUACAUCUCCAAUAAAUGCAAUCUCUUUGUGGAGCGGUGCGGUAAUGACAGAGCUGUAGGUGUGCUGCAGCAAGGAAACGCGUCAAACAUGCAAAAAAAAGAUCAGGGCCUGCAUCGACCCUUUAAAUCUACACCGCCCUCCACAACACCGGAGCAGUCGUGGUCGACAUACACGCACGCUCUUUGACAUCCUAAUCCUUUGGCCAUUUACAUGAUCAACACAAUCAGCUGGUUUUUGACAGCUUUUCAUAACGGUUUGGCACCAAAGCCGCUGUUCUUUGUGACAGAAGAAGCUGAUUUACCUUGAUGGCGUAAAUGGUUGAAGUGGUACAGUAGUUGAAAGAAUGUCAAAACUGGAGCUAAAGAUCUGGUGUUAAAGCGUUAAACAUAAAGUUUUGUUAAAAAAAAACAAAGUGCAAAGAAAUACUGUCAUGUUAGCGGUAACCAAAAAACGUGUAUUUCAUAUAAAAAAAAGAAAAACAGAUCCUAAGCCAGUGGACUCAUAUAUAAAAACAAGCAUAUUAGUGGAAAUUCAAUGAUGUGAAAUGCUGGCCAAAUGGAAAAUAUAAAACCUUCCAUCAACUCAAGAAUCAUUUACUAAAAUUUUAGUUCAUCAUUUUAACUUUUGCGUUUCUCAGGUUGGACUGUGUAUUUUCUUUCUGAAUGCUGUUGUAUGUUUUAAUACACACAUAAAGAUGAUCCAGAACUUUAUUUGAUUAAUUCUCACAGAAUUCUUAAAAGCUGUCCUUGUGAU